GUUUAAUGAGGGUUUAUUUUGGGGGCGCACAGCGCCAAACGGAAGUCCGCUGUGUGGCGUGUCGGGCUUGACUCUGCUGCAUCGACCUUGGCUAGUUGAAGAUGGCAGGAACGGCGUGGAGGUCAGCGAUUCUUAAUCUACUAAAACAGUGGGGUUUGUCGCUCAAUGGCAAGGAUAAAAUCAAGGCUCAGGAAGUUUCACAAGUGGUUGGAGCUCUGAAGAAAGAGACUCUACAACCCAGGACGUUCACGCGUGGAAUUCACACUGUUACUUUAAUCCCUGGGGAUGGAAUUGGUCCAGAGAUCUCCACUGCUGUCAUGAAGAUAUUUGAAGUAGCUAAAGCACCUAUUCAGUGGGAGGAGAGAAAUGUUACAGCCAUCAAAGGACCUGGUGGCAAGUGGAUGAUCCCUCCUGAUGCGAAAGAAUCCAUGGACCGGAACAAAAUCGGCCUUAAAGGUCCUUUGAAGACACCUAUAGCUGCUGGCCAUCCCUCCAUGAACCUCCUUCUGAGGAAAACCUUUGACCUCUAUGCCAAUGUGCGCCCCUGUGCGUCCAUUGAGGGCUACAAGACCCCCUACACAGAUGUGAACCUGGUCACCAUCAGGGAGAACACUGAGGGAGAGUACAGUGGGAUUGAACAUGUGAUUGUUGAUGGGGUUGUACAGAGUAUUAAACUCAUCACAGAGCAAGCCAGCCAACGCAUCGCAGAGUAUGCAUUUGAAUAUGCCAAAAAUAAUCAGAGGGCCAGUGUUACUGCUGUUCAUAAGGCCAAUAUUAUGCGCAUGUCGGAUGGCCUUUUCCUACGAACAUGCAGAGAGGCUGCUGAAAAGCACAAGGAUGUGAAGUUCAAUGAGAUGUACUUGGAUACUGUGUGCCUUAAUAUGGUACAAGAUCCCUCACAGUUUGAUGUAUUAGUGAUGCCAAAUUUGUAUGGUGACAUCUUGAGUGAUCUUUGUGCUGGACUAAUUGGAGGUCUUGGAGUGACUCCGAGUGGAAACAUUGGUGCUAAUGGUGUUGCCAUAUUUGAGUCGGUUCACGGAACGGCCCCGGAUAUAGCAGGAAAAGACAUGGCCAACCCCACCGCCUUGCUGCUCAGUGCGGUCAUGAUGCUACGGCACAUGGGCCUGCACGGCCACGCCCAGAAGAUUGAGACGGCCUGCUUCGACGUCAUUCGAGACAAAAAGGCUCUGACCAAAGACCUGGGAGGAAACUCAAAGUGCUCAGAAUUCACUGAUGCAAUAUGUCAACGAGUGCGGGAGCUGGUUUGAUAAGACCACGAGUCAUUGGUAAGGGUCACUUUAGGUCAAGUUGUAUCUUCACAUAAUGCACAUUUUCAAACAUGACGUGUAUUUAUAAAAAUACUCUGGGAUUACAAAAUUCCAAAGUGUUGUAUUAUUCCUGUUGCACUGUCUCUAAUGUAACGUAUAUGUAAUAUGGUUUCAUUCUGGAACUGUUUAGUCUGUGGUGGAUAUUGUCUGUGUAUUUGCGGAAUUACAGCUUUUGUCGUAUACAAAAAAUUA